AUGGAACUGAGAAUCGGCCGUCAAAUCAAUCGGCUAACCGAUCGUAUAGACCGGUAUGUCAGCAAUAAUGAUGGACAACAACAACCAACGGUGCUCAACAUGAUUAAGCUCUACAAUGACUAUGGUUUGUCGGUUAUGAUGUCCUGUAUGUUCUCUAUAGACACGAUUGAUGUCAAUUCUGGUGUCUAUCAAUCGUUAAGUGGUAUACUAACUCCAUCCCAUUGGCGGAUAUUACUGUUGCUACUUAUGCCCGGUUCACUACUCCGUCUAUUGUUUAACAUUACACAUCCCUUUCCCAGUAGACUACUGGAUGUGUUUGUCCAAUUAACCAGUGAACAAAUAAAACAACGUUUGAUAAACAAUGAUAGUUCAACAACAACUGAUACUCUACAAUAUGGUGAUGAACCUAAAUAUAUAACCUGUGAUGAAGUUGUCGCCAAUUUGUUUGCUAUGUUUGAGGCGGGCUCCUGUACCAAUUCAACAAUUAUUGCUUUUAUAACCUAUGAUUUAGCUACCAAUCCCCAGAUACAGGACAGACUAUACGAUGAACUAAUUGCAAAUUGUAUGGAUAAUAGAGAAGAACAGUUAGAUUGUGACCGAUUGUUGCGCAAUGACUACUUGGACGCAGUAGUGGCGGAAUCGUUGCGUCUGAAUUCGUCAACACUGCGCGAAGGACGGAUAGCCGCCAGUGACUACCAAUUGGGUGAUACCGGUAUAGUUAUAGCCAGAGGACAGGCAGUCGAGUUUGCCAAACAUGCUGUACAUUACUGUACAGAUUACUAUCCGGAGCCCAAUUGUUUCAAUCCGGACAGGUUUUUACCGGCCAAUAGGCAUUCAAUACAACCGUAUGCAUACUUACCGUUUGGCGCCGGCAGUCUAUCGAUUAGUCAGAUGUGA